UAUACGAAUAGGAUUAAGUAAAAAAAGAAAAAAAUGCAUUUUAGUGUGAAGGAAGACGCGAUAAACCAGUAAUGGUUAUCGAGCAGCGUCACCUACAAGGAAGUCUAACAUCAAAUUUUAUAAAGGAAUAAAAAGACGAACAUUAAAUACUAAGAGAAUACGGAAAUAGAAUAUAUUCAGGCGACCCGAAUAUCCGAGUCUCGUUCAUAACGAAGGAAGCAAGCGACUCCAGUCACAACAGGCGGGGUAACCAUGUCAACCGCGUUUAUUAGAUAUCAGAGUGAUAAACCAUAGCAUUAUGAGGUAACUAUGGAUAAACGGGCUAAGAAACCUCGCUUGUCAGCUGCAGUAAGGGCCAUUGUUUUGGGGGUAGUACCUCAUUCGGAAGACAUUAAUAACAAACAAUAUUAUUGGAAUCAGGUUCCGAAAGGGGUUUUUAAAUCUAUACGGUACCGUACUCAUGGAAUUCUACAGUGGCCUGAUGACUGGGUGCUGGUGGCAAAUUCAUACAUGAACAGAAAAAGAGAUCAACUUAAAAAGAGUUCACUUUAUCUUGGAGCGUAUUCAAAUCUUUUGAGCUGUAAAGCAAACAGGCAUCGUCAGCGAAAAGUUUGGUUAAGAAGUUGGAGCAGGACGACAGAUCAUUUAUUGCGACGAGGAAAGCAAGCGGUCCCAAUACAGAACCUUGAGGAAUUCCACAGUGAAUAGGGAGCAUGGGAGACCUAUUGGAAUCCAC